UCUCUCUCUCUCUCUAAAAACACACACAUAGCCAGACAUGACGACACUCAACCAUUUGUUUGAUCUGCCGGGGCAGAUUUGCCAUGUCCAAUGUGGCUACUGCUCAACAAUUUUACUGGUGAGUGUGCCAUUUAGCAGCCUGUCAAAGGUGGUGACUGUGAGAUGUGGGCACUGCACCAGCCUCCUCUCUGUCAAUAUGAUGAAAGCUUCCUUCAUUCCCCUCCAUCUUCUAGCCUCUCUCACCCAUCAUGAUCAGGAGAAAGAAGAGGCAACUACGGAACAAGAAUCAUGGAAAGAGAAUCAGGUGAAAGGCAGCCCGCCGAAUCUGGCGACAUCUUCAGACAAUGAAGACGAAGAUGUGCCACGGGUUAACCAAGUCGUUAACAAACCACCGGAGAGACGCCAAAGAGCUCCUUCAGCCUACAAUUGCUUCAUCAAGGAAGAGAUCAGUAGGCUCAAGGCUCAAAAUCCCAGCAUCUCUCACAAGGAAGCUUUCAGCCUGGCCGCCAAAAACUGGGCACAUUUCCCUCGUGUGCACCACAAGAGAGUGGCCGAUCAGUGUUUUAGCCACGGAGAUGAAACAGCGCCAUGCAAAUCUCAUCAUUGUUCUGCUCAUCAACAACAGUUUCGCUUGCAGGGGCAUGAAGAAGGCGACAAUGGGUACCGUGAGAAGAAAGCUCCGAGGCAUACCCUUUGGGGAAAAUCACCAUUUGAGUAAAAAAAAUUAAGGUCGUAAGAGAAAGGGAAAGAGAUAAAAUGUAGUGUGGAAUUAGGGUUUUUUUGAAAUCUAGGGUUUAUGCUGUCAACUAGAGAGAGAGAGGGUAUGGAUGGUUGGUAGGGGCUGGGGAUUCUUCGAGGAGCAAAUAAAGUUUGUAUUGGGAAUGACAAUUUCUUCAGAGUCUCUUAACUUUGAAGAGACACUUGACUCCGGAACCAAACCAAACGCCCUCACUUGAGCAUCGAUUAAUGAAGUUAGCU